AAUUUUCAAGCAUGCCCAAUUUGUGAUGAUACAUUAGGGUUAUUUUUAACCUCACACAUGUAAAAGGAGCCAAAUUUGGGGGAAGAGAGCAGCAAAAAUUGGAACUUUGCAAAUGGGAAUUAGCCAUUUUCAUUGAUUGACGAGGAAUCUGAGGUCCGCCAUUAACAUCUACAUCAACAUCAACAGCUUUAAAUUAAAUUAAUACUUGGCCAGUUGCUAAUUGCCGCUGUGAGUGAGAGGGAGGGAGAGAGAGAGAGAGAGAGAGAAAACAAAGAAAGAGGGUUUUUGCAAAUGGGCGACGAGAAGAAGGCUAAAUCUGCUGGUGUUUGGCCCACCGUCAAACCUUUUAUCAAUGGAGGGGUCUCUGGUAUGCUUGCGACUUGCGUCAUUCAGCCCAUCGAUAUGGUCAAGGUGAGAAUUCAGUUGGGUCAGGGCUCAGCAGGCCAAGUAACCAAGAACAUGCUUAAGUCGGAGGGAGUUGGUGCUUUCUACAAGGGUCUAUCUGCUGGGCUUCUUAGACAAGCUACCUAUACCACUGCACGACUUGGAUCAUUCAAGAUUUUGACAAACAAAGCAAUUGAAGCUAAUGAUGGCAAGCCCCUUCCUCUUUAUCAAAAAGCUUUGUGUGGGUUAACAGCUGGUGCAAUUGGAGCAUCUUUUGGCAGUCCAGCAGAUUUGGCACUUAUCCGAAUGCAAGCUGAUGCUACCCUUCCAGUGGCACAACGCCGAAACUACAAAAAUGCAUUCCAUGCACUAUAUCGUAUUGUUGGAGAUGAGGGUGUUUUGGCUCUCUGGAAAGGUGCUGGGCCAACAGUAGUGAGAGCAAUGGCAUUGAAUAUGGGCAUGCUUGCUUCCUAUGAUCAAAGUGUUGAGUUUUUCAAGGAUAACCUUGGUUUCAGUGAAGCUACAACAGUUCUAAGUGCAAGUGCUGUUUCAGGAUUCUUUGCUUCAGCUUGCAGUUUGCCAUUUGAUUAUGUGAAGACACAGAUCCAGAAAAUGCAGCCUGAUGCUGAAGGAAAGCUUCCUUACUCUGGCUCUAUGGAUUGUGCCAUGAAGACCUUGAAAUCUGGCGGGCCAUUCAAAUUUUACACUGGCUUCCCUGUGUACUGCAUUAGGAUUGCACCACACGUCAUGAUGACAUGGAUUUUCCUCAAUCAAGUUCAAAAGUUCGAGAAGUCCAUUGGACUUUGAGGUUUCGAGUGACAAUCUUAUGGAACAAUUUUUUAACCUUCUUCAGAGGAGGCUAUUGUUAUGGUUCUUCUUCUUGACAGAAAUCGCGCCCGUAAAAGUCAAAGACUUAUUGCUAUUACUAUUGUUAUUCUUUUGUUACCACAAGAUCGUCGUAGUAGAGUUGAGGGACUAAACUGUGUUUGUUGAGUUCGGGUUGCGAUGGAUUAUAGGAGUGUUAGCAUAAAAGUCCCAUUGAAAAUUUUGGAUUGAUUUUAGUUCAGGAAUCAGUGGGGGAAACAUUGAUUUGAUAAAAAAUAAAGGCUUGGGGGCAACAAAAGAGAUGAUGCUGACAUCAAUUUUGUUUAACUUGGUUGUCAUACUUUUAUGAGCUGAGGUUUUUCCACCACUUCUCAUAAACCAUCAAGUUUUUUAUGCAUUGAAUUUGAUAUUUUCUCUUAAUAUAAGAUAAAUUCCUUUA